AUGUCUCGGGAGGCCGCUUCAGCACCCAAGGCGGCGGCACCGCCCCUCCCGCUCUGGCAGUCGCUCGCCGUGUCAGGCUUCGCCGGCAUGUUUGGUUGGUGCUUCACGCACCCCUUCGAGAUGUGGAAAAACACGGUGAUGAUGGCGCCGCCCGGCACGAGCCAGCUGGAUUCCUUAAAGGUGACGGCGAAGAGGGGCUUCUACACGGGCCUGUCGAGCGGCCUGAUGCGCCAGAUGGUCUACACAACUGCCCGUCUGGGCUGCUACCCAGCUUUUCGCGACGGCAUCCUGCAAUGUGAGGUUGCGCUGGGGCUGAAGAAGUCCGCGGACCCUGCUGGGACGACGGCGCUUGACCGCGCUCUCGCCGGCGCGUCUGCUGGCGUCUUCGCCUCCUUCCUGUCCUCUCCGGUGGAGGUGUGCCUUGUUCUGCAGACCACGAACAAGGGUAAGGAGAGGCUGUCCAUGCUGCAGGCCUCCAGGAUGGUUCUGAAGAGCCGCGGCAUCCCUGGUCUGUGGAGCGGCUUUGGCGCCCUCGCGUCGCGUGCGGCGAUGGUAGGGGUGGCGCAGGUGGCGGUGCACGACCAGGUGCUGACGAUGCUGCGCAGUCACAACGUGAAGCGCCCGAGCCCGCUCAACGACAACCUCGUCAUCAACGUUGCGAGUGUGAUCACGGCCUUGUUCUGCAGUCUGGUGACGAUGCCAAUGGAGGUGGCGCGUGUGCGGAUGUCUGCGGAGGCGAAGCUUGGUGCUGGUGUGGAGAAAAAGUACCGCAACGCUGUGCAGUGUAUUGGCCGCAUCUUCAAGGAGGAGGGUGUGCUGGCCAUGUACGACUCGUACCUGCCGUACUUUGGCCGCUGUGCGUCGCAGACGCUGAUUUGCUUCUUUAUGAUCGAAUACCUUACGCGCCACCUGCGCGAGCGGCAGCUGGCGAAGGCGAACCUCAUCAAGUGA